AUGGUAGUCGCCAUCGGCCCCGGCCUCCUCGGCGUGCGGGCGCGGGUCGACGCCGCCAACGACCCCGUGCUGCGGGCGCUGUGGGGUGGCCGCGUCGUCGGCGAGCAGGUCGUGCGUUCGGGCGACAAGGUCGUUUCGGGCCUCGGCAUUGACCUGCAGACGAGGGAUCGCGUCAAGCUCAUGGGACGGCUGGUGGCUGGCGCUGUCGCGCAGGGCGAGGUGCAGAUGGCGGUCCGCGUCGAGGGAAGCCUUGGCAAUUGUCCCAAGUACCUCAACGGGCGGGCUCUCGUCGCGAGGACGCCCGAGGUCGAGGGCGUCGAGGAUGGGUUCCCUCUGAGCGCGAGGGCCAGACGGGUUGUUGAUCAGGCAGAUUUGUUUUUCCUGUCGAGCGGACACGGGACGGGCAUGGAUACGAAUCAUCGCGGGGGGAGCAAGGGGUUUGUGAGGAUCGGGAGGAACGACGAGGGGGCUGUUGAGCUGAUUUACCCCGAGUGCUGUACCAGACCCUGGGCAAUCUCCAGGCCAACCCCCUCGUGGGCAUCACCAUACCCGAUUUUGACACUUCGGAUGUACUCUAUGCAUGCCUUCACAUUCUGCCCGGCUAUCUGGAACUGGGAACUAACAAGUCGCCAGGCCACCGGAACGGCAACGAUUCUCACCGGCGACGCUGCCGACGCCCUGCUGCCGCACACCCGCCUCGCCGUCAAAAUCACCCUCACCUCAGCCCUCCUCGUCAAGGGCGGCCUCCCCAUGCGCGCCACGUCCCCGCAGGUCGACUACUCCCCCUACAACCCGCCCGCCCGCCCCCUCGCCGCCGAGGGCGCCGCCGCCCUGCCCUCGACCCCGCUCGCGACCGCCACCCUCCAGCACCGCCAGCCCCUGACCCCGAGCAUCACGCGCUUCACCUUCGCCCUCGACGCCCCGCACGAGCCCGUCCCGGGCGAAUACGUCACGCUCGACUUCGCCGCCGAGCUCGACCACGGCUGGAGCCACAUGCGCGACGACGACCCGCGCAGCCUGAACGAGGACUGGAUCCGCAGCUUCACCGUCUCCGGCUCCCCGUCCGCCCGCGCGUUCGAGAUUACGGCGCGCGUGAAGCGCGGCGGCGCAACGGAGCUGCUUGCCAAGCACCUGCUCCGGGGCGGCCCGCUCGAGGUUGCCGUGCGUGGUUUCGCCGUGACGGAGGGCACGAGGAUGGGCGCCGUCGCUGAGGGGGGGAAGAAGAAGGAGGUUUUCGUCGCGGGCGGCGUCGGCAUUACGCCUCUGCUCGCGCAGGCGCCGGGGCUGCUGGAGGACGGCAAGGCGUUCGAGGUUAUUUGGGGGGUUAGGGGGGAGGACGUUGGUGUUGUGCGUGACGCCGUCGAGAGGAUCCCGGGAUUGGCGGCAAGGCUGAGGGUGCAUGUCACGGGAAAGAUUGGCGAGGCGGACGAGGAGACGCUCGCAAAGAUCGAGGCUUUGGGCCUCGGGGUCGAGAGGAGGCGGAUGGAGAAGCAAGAUCUGGAGCGGGUGUUUGAGGGGGAGAAGAGAAAGUUCUACUUGUGCGCUGCGCCUGCGCUGCUGACGAUUAUGAAAGGCUGGCUUGAGAAUGAGGAGGUUGUCUGGGAGGACUUUGGGUAUUGA